AUGGCAGGAGGAAGAGAGGAGAAAGUUCCAUUUUAUGUGCUUUUUGCAUUUGCAGACAGAAAUGAUGUAAUUUUAAUGUUGUUGGGAACGAUGGCGGCUGUUGCUUCUGGGAUUUCAAAGCCAUUGAUGUCUCUUAUAUUUGGUGACCUUGUUAACUCGUAUGGCAAAUCUGAUCAAAACAACAUUCUUGAUCAAGUUUCUGGGUUUAACUCUUCUAAGUCUUAUUUAACCAUUUCAGAGGUAGCAUGUUGGAUGGUCACCGGAGAACGACAAGCGACUCGAAUAAAAUGCUUAUACUUGAAAACAAUCUUAAGACAGGAUAUUGCAUUCUUCGAUACUCAAGGAGCAACGGGGGAAUUUAUUGAAAGAAUGUCGGGAGACACUAUCCUAGUUCAAGAAGCCAUGGGUGACAAGGUUGCUUCUUUCACAGGAGAGAAUUUGGCAAUAGAAGAAUAUAAUAAUAAGCUGGAAAAUGCUCAAAGCGCUAGCGCUACUGUCAAACAAGCGUUGGCUUCAGGACUCAGACUUGGCACGAUACUAAUGCUUAUCUUCUUUAGUUAUGGACUUUGCAUAUGGUAUGGAGCUAAAUUGAUCAUAGAUAAAGAUUACAAAGGUGGCGACAUUAUAAGUGUAAUUUUCGCUGUUAUGCUAGGUGGAGGUUCACUAGGUCAAGCAGCUCCGAGUUUGCCCACAUUUUCAGCGGGCCAGGCUGCAGCAUACAAGAUAUUCGAGACUAUUAAACGUACACUGAAAAUAGAUUCAUAUGAUCCUAGUGGGAUUCUAAUGGAAGAUAUUAAAGGGGAAAUUGAGCUGAAAGAUGUGUGCUUCAAGUAUCUAGCAAGACCCGACGUGCAAAUAUUUUCUGGAUUCUCGUUAUAUAUUCCUAGUGGUAAAACAGCAGCCUUAGUUGGGCAAAGUGGAAGCGGAAAAUCAACGGUUAUUAGUCUGCUAGAGAGAUUCUAUGACCCCGAUGCUGGUGAAGUACUUGUAGACGGAGUUGAUAUUAAGAAAUUUCAACUCAAGUGGUUGAGGCAGCAAAUGGGGCUAGUAAGUCAAGAGCCCGUCUUAUUCCAAACUACUAUUAGGGAAAAUAUAAUGUAUGGGAAAGAAAAUGCCAGUGAGGACGAGAUCAGAACGGCGAUCAAGCUCGCUAAUGCAGCUAAAUUUAUUGACAAGCUUCCGAAGGGGCUGGACACAGUGGUCGGUGGGCAUGGUUCUCAGAUAUCUGGUGGACAAAAGCAAAGAAUCGCCAUCGCGAGGGCCAUUUUGAAAGAUCCAAGAAUUCUUCUACUAGACGAAGCGACUAGUGCUUUGGAUGUGGAAUCGGAACGCAUUGUACAAGAUGCUCUAAGUAAUAUUAUGGUACAUAGGACGACUGUGGUUGUUGCCCAUCGCUUGACGACCAUUAGAAAUGCUGAUAUCAUCGCAGUAGUGCAUGUCGGGAAAUUGGUUGAACAAGGAACACAUGAUGAGUUGAUCAAAGAUCCUGACGGAGCAUAUUCUCAACUUGUUCAAAUGCAGCAAAAGAACAAACCCAUCGAGAACACCAAAGGAAAAGAAAUUGAGGACUCGAAUCCACAAAAACGUCUGAGUUACUCGAAGAACAUUUCUGGUAGGAGUCGGAGAUUCUCUAUUUCAGGUAGUAGGAAGUUUGCGAGCAAAGGAUCGAGCAGUAGAUUUUCCUUAGCGUAUGACUUGGGAGUUACUGGAGUCAUUGAUUUCCAUGGAAGUAUCAGAAGGGAUGAUAAUGCUGAAAACAGUGAGUAUGUUGUAGAUAGUAAGAAAAACGUUUCUGCUCGAAAGCUAAUGUCACUUGCAUAUCUAAAUAAGCCCGAGAUUCCCAUAAUAGUAGUGGGAACCGUAGCUGCUGCCAUAAAUGGUAUGAUUUUCCCUGUAUUCGGUCUUCUGGUAUCGACGAUUAUUAAAAUCUUUUAUGAAUCACAUCACGAGCUUCGAAAGGAUUCUCGAUUUUGGUCUCUGAUGUUUGUGGUUAUCGGAAUUGUUGUCAUGAUUGUUUCGCCUUUGCAAAGUUAUGCAUUUGGUGUUGCUGGUGCAAAAUUGAUCCAACGAAUACGUUCCAUGACGUUUGCCAAGUUGGUGUACCAAGAGAUUAGUUGGUUCGACGACCCUGCAAACUCAAGAAUGAUUUUUUGGUUAGUUUUUGAAGACGAGACUGGUGCAAGACUAUCUAGUGAUGCUUCGACUAUCCGGAAUAUGGUGGGAGACGCAUUAGCAACGAUAGUUCAAAAUGUUUCCACUGUUGUAACUGGAAUAGUGAUAGCUAUUAUAGCGAAUUGGAUUCUUGCACUUAUAACACUCGCGAUAAUGCCUCUUCUAGUUGUGGGGUACAUACAGAUCAAACUUUUGCAAGAGUCGAAUCCUGAUGCCGAGUUAAUGAAUGAAGAAGCAAGUCAAGUUGCAAAUGAUGCUAUUGGGAGCAUUACAACUGUCUCAUCGUUUUGUUCGGAAGAGAAAGUGAUGGAAAUGUAUCAAAGGAAAUCGGAAGGUCCUUUGAAACGAGGAGUGAAAACCGGACUUGUUAGUGGAGUUGGUAUAGGCUUCAGUAAUUUCGUGCUGUUCUGCCUUUACGCGUUAUCAUUCUACCUUGGAGCCAUUCUCGUGAAGCAUGACAAAGCAAAAUUUUCAGAAGUCUUUAAGGUCUUUUUUGCUUUAACGAUGGCAUCGGUUGGGCUUUCUGUUCUUAGCAACCUUCCCUCUGAUCUGAGUAAAAGUAAAGGAGCUGCUGCAUCAAUAUUUGAAAUACUCGAGAGCAAACCGAGAAUUGAUUCAAGUAACAGUGAGGGGAUCAAAUUAGAUGUUAUCGUAGGCAAUAUCGAACUCCAGCAUAUUAGCUUUAAAUACCCCACAAGACCGGACAUGCAAAUCUUCAGAGACUUGAGCUUGAGCAUAGAACAUGAACUCGACAAAACAGUUGCGCUCGUAGGAGAAAGUGGUUCCGGGAAGUCAACGGUGAUAAGCCUGCUCGAACGAUUUUAUGAUCCCGAUCAAGGUAACAUAUAUCUCGACGGAGUCGAAAUCAGGAAGUUAAAUUUAAGGUGGUUGAGGCAACAAAUGGGAUUGGUAGGUCAAGAGCCAAUACUAUUCAAUGAAACAAUAAGUUCUAAUAUUGCUUAUGGUAGACAAGGAGAAGUAACAGAGGAAGAGAUCAUUUCAGUCGCAAAGGCAUCAAAUGCACAUAACUUCAUAUCUUCAUUGCCUAAUGGUUAUAAAACCACAGUUGGAGAAAGAGGGCUUCAAUUAUUCGGUGGUCAAAAGCAAAGAAUCGCGAUCGCGAGGGCCAUACUAAAGGAUCCGAAAAUACUUCUGCUCGAUGAGGCGACUAGCGCGCUUGAUACAGAGUCGAAACGUAUCGGGCAAGAAGCGUUGGAUCGAGUGAUGGUGAAUAGGACGACCGUCGUCAUUGCGCAUCGGAUGACCACGGUUAAAAAUGCUGAUGUUAUUGCAGUAUUUCAAAAUGGUGUUGUUGCUGAAAAAGGAACACAUGAUGUGCUCUUGAACACUCCUCAAGGGAUAUAUGCUUCUUUGGUUGCACUUCAAUCAGGAUCAACUUAA